ACCAACCAAACCCCAACACAACUUUUGUCGAUAUCGGCCACCAGAAGAAAACCAACUCAUAGAGACUCAGAAAUGGCGGCCAAUUUGGAAGAUGUUCCCUCCAUUGAUCUCAUGACCGAGCUUCUUCGCCGCAUGAAAUGCUCUUCCAAGCCCGAUAAACGCCUCAUUCUUGUUGGACCCCCUGGCUCAGGUAAGGGUACUCAGUCACCACUUAUUAAGGAUGAGUAUUGCUUGUGCCAUCUAGCUACAGGCGACAUGUUGAGGGCUGCAGUGGCUGCAAAAACUCCUCUUGGGAUCAAGGCUAAAGAAGCAAUGGACAAGGGUGAACUUGUUUCUGAUGACUUGGUUGUUGGGAUCAUUGAUGAAGCCCUAAAGAAACCUUCAUGCCAGAAAGGUUUUAUUCUUGAUGGAUUCCCAAGGACAGUGAUCCAAGCGCAAAAACUUGAUGAGAUGCUUGAAACUCGAGGUACUAAGAUUGAUAAAGUGUUGAACUUUGCUAUUGAUGAUGCCAUUUUGGAGGAGAGAAUUACUGGUCGUUGGAUUCAUCCUUCUAGUGGUCGGACAUACCACACCAAAUUUGCACCUCCAAAAGUUCCUGGAGUAGAUGAUGUUACGGGUGAACCUCUGAUUCAGCGCAAGGAUGAUACAGCAGCUGUUCUGAAGUCUCGACUAGAAGCUUUCCAUCGACAGACUGAACCAGUUAUCGAUUACUAUGCCAAGAAAAAUGCCGUGACGAAUAUCCAAGCAGAGAAACCACCAAAAGAAGUCAGUGAACAAGUUCAGAAGACAUUGUCUUCCUAAUUUUAUUUUAGACAUUGGAAUGUUUUCAAGAUUUUGAUUGCACACUUACAAUUUUGUCUAUGAUUUAAAGUUUAUUUUCCCAAAAUAAUGCAUUGUUAAGAAAAGUACCAUCGAUAAUUCUAGCCGUUUUCUUUGUUUUAGUGAAUAAAUUUUAUACUACAAUUGAGAAAAUUGCUGGCAUUGUCUUCGGCUUUUGAAAAAAAAGGGUUAUUUGGUUUUUC